AGCAGCUAAUGAGUGGCUGGCAGGAAGAGGAAGUGACAGAUGCUGGCAGAAGAGAAAAGCCUGGCAUAGAGAACCACACGGUGGACAGAAAGAAAGACUAGAGAGCUGCCGGCAGGCCCAGAGAGCUGAGAGGCUUCACCAAAUGCAGACAUUUGUAUCAGGCUGCCACAGGGAAGCCAUAUACUGUGCCUGGAGAGACAGAGAGCAUGAAAGAAAUCCAGAUUGGAGAAACCAGCAUCAGCAGGGGAUUUCCAUCUGAGCAUCCAAAGGGCCUCUUGCCCUGGUCACCUGGGGCUCCACUCUGGAGAUGUCACAUAUAGAUCUCUGUGAAGUUAGAAACUGGCUAACGGCCAACAUGGACAGGACUAAAGAACGAGAAAUGGACAUGGAUGGUUUGUAUCAGGACUUGCUUGACCGGCCAUCGUCAGUGUUCUUUGAUAAACAUGACAAGAAGCUUUGCCCCAAAGUUUGCUGCCAGGAGGAGAGAUUAACAUGGAGGUGACGAAGAAGAGGAGUCGGAAUUCGGAGGAGGAAGGACAAGGCAAGAAAAGGAGAUGGAGUGAUGGAGAUUUAGAAGAGAAGAAGAAAAGCCUGGUGAAAAAGAAAACCAGUGAAGAUGGGGGCAGGAGAAGGAGUGAAGGACAGAUAGAAGAGAGGAAAAGCCCCAUACAAAGGAAGAACUGUGGAGAUUGGAGCAAUAAUAGAAGGAGUGAAGGUGAGUUAGAAGAUCAGAAGAAAAGUCAAAUGAAAAAGAUCAGUGUAGAUGGGGGCAGUAAAAGGAGAAGGAGUGAAGGACAGGUAAAAGAAAAGGAGAAAAGCCCCAUGGAAAGGAAGACCAGUGAAGAUGGGAGAAAUAAAAGGAGAAGGAGUGGAGAUGAUUUAGAAGAAAAGAAGAAACACCCCAUGGAAAAGAAGACCCGUCAAGAUGGGAGCAAUAAAAGCAGAAGGAGUAAAUUAAAAGACAAGGAGAAAAGCCCCAUAGAGAAGAGUGAAAAGUUACAGUUAGAAGAAAAGAAAAGUCAGUUGGAAAAGACCAGUGAAGGAGUGAAUAAGGAUCAAAAAUCAAGAAAUCCAGAGGAUCCCUUAGAAGGUAAGAAAACACAGUUGCAUCUUUUAUGCUUAAUCUCUCCCCUAACUUGCUAAUAAGAAGUGGCCCCAUAGGAUCUAUCUGCCCUAACUUGCUGGGAUGUCUUUUUAUCAGGGUUUCUGCAAUUAAUUUGUUUGCCUGAUGUUUUUAGCUUGCUGAUUUACCCAAGGUCUUGUUCUGACUAAAAAUUACCCAUCUUUUUAUUUAUUCUUUCUUCUUCUUUUUUAAUCUUGGUAUGAAACUAGGGCUGGUUUACUAUAAGGGAAAAUAAAAAUCACCAGUGACAUUGCCAGUAUCAACCAAUCAGGGCUGGUUUUCUAUAGUAUAGGAAAUUAGUAUUAUCAGUGAUGAUGCCAAUGUCAACCAAUCACAUCUGCUUUCAUCUUCUACCUUGUAUGUAACUGUUCAAAUCUAAUUACUGAUUGAUUCUGAUGAACAUCACUAUCACUAAUGGUCUGCCGUGUCAAUAUGUCAGAAACCCAGGCUUCCAGCAUUUCUCAAUAUAUAAUCAAGGGUUUAAGUUUUCUGGGAGAUGUAUUCAUGGGGGCACCUGGGGGAGGCACAUAGGUGUAGGUGUCCCCUCUCCAGUCCCUUGUGCUGCCUCAUAUUAAGGAGCCCUGCCUUGUGCUUGCUGAUGGGUUUAUUAAUAUAUGCUAUGUACAGGUUAUUUGUAAUACAAGGUAC